AUGGAGCUGCCGUGGGUGCUGCUGGUGCUGGCUGGGACGGGCACAGCCGCGGGCCUGGCCCGGCUGCCCUACGUGCCCCGCGUGUCCCCCGUGGCACUGCUGGGGAAGGUCACUGCCACCACCUUCGCACUGGAGAGACCCUGCCGCAUCUUCGACCGGCACGCCAACGCCUCGGACACUGUUUGGCUGGCGGUGGCUUUUGCCAACGCGUCAGCCACCUUCAGGAACCCCCCAUCCCGGGCUGACGUGCCCCCGUACAAGCAGCUGCCCACCACCCACUCCUACAUGACUCUGGAGACGGCGGCGGCCGCGUACGCCUGCCCAGCCCCGAGCCCGGCCGUGCUGCGGGUCGGGGGUGACACGGCGUGCAAGGACCAGGGCAGGCAGGACCCCUGCAACGGGCCCUUGCCCUCCCCAGGGCCCUACAGGGUGAAGUUCCUGCUGAUGGGCUGCCACGGCCCCAAAGCGGAGACGCGCUGGUCCGACCCCAUCCUCCUGCGCAGAGCCCUCAGCCCGAGCAUCAUCGACCCCGUGCCCACAUGCCGUGGCAGUGACGUGGUGGUCAUCGCCUCCCUCCUGGCCAGCCUGGGGACAGUGCUGGCCACUGCUGUGCUCGGAGCCCUGGGUGCCAAGGUGUGGGGCUCCCUGUGCCAGCGGGAUUUGGGGACCGGCGCCUUCGCCCGCAGAUCCUACCGGACCCAUCACAUCCCCCCGGCCCUGCCACAGCCCCCACCCCCAGGGUGGUGGGAGCUGUGA